UAAAAUAUCGUCUUAAGUUGUUGAACAACAUAAACAACUUGCAGAGUGUGUACAACAAAAUCAAUAAAAAAAAAAAAAUGAGAAAUAUUGACAAGUGGUCAAAUGUCUGGACAGUUGUAUUAUUAUUAUCAAGUAUAUUAAUAAUAACAGUAUCAAGUCGUAAAAUAAAUAACAAUGAUAAAGAUGAUUUAGCUGUUGCUGCAAAUAAUCAUCAUUAUGAAAAAGGUGACAGUGAAGAGCAUCAUGAUGAUCAUUAUUCUGAAGAUGGUGAAAAAGGUGAUAAAGGAUACAAAGGUGAUCAUGGUCAUGAUGAAGGUAAAAAAGGACAUCAUGAUAAAGAACAUCAUCAUGGUCAUUAUGAUGAAGAAGAAGGACAUAAAAAACAUCAUCAUCAUGAUGAUGGUUAUUUCUCUGAUCAUCAUAAAGGUGAAAAAGGUGAGAAGGGACAUAAAUUUCAUGAAAAAGGUAGUUUUGGAAAAGGCCACAGUACAAAAGGACAUCAUGAAGUUAAAAAAUUAGAUGAAUAUAAAAAAGAUAAAGAAUUUCAUGAUGAACAUCAUGAUUCUGGACAUCAUGAAAAACAUGGUGGACAACAUCAUGAGGAUGAAUAUAAAAAAGGACAUCAUCAUAAAAAAGGACAUCAUAAAGGUGGACAUCAUGAGGAUCAUUAUGGUAAAAAAGGACAUCAUAAAAAAGGCCAUCAUCAUCAUGAUCAUAAAGGACAUAAAAAAGAAGAUGGACAUGAUGAUCAUCAUCAUCAUCAUCAUGGUUAUGGUAAAAAAGGUGGACAUGAUGAUCAAAAAAAAUGGUCACACAAAAAAGGACAUUAAUUUAUUUUUCAUUUUAAUUUUAUUAUU